UCCAUUGUUACCUGUGUCUCUCGAGAUUGGUUGCAAACCACCUAUUGUCAGCGAGCUGUUUCAGGCGAUUAUUUUUCUCGUUUCCUUGUGAGAAAGGAGAUCUACUAAAGAUGGCUAAAGCUUCGACGUUGGCCGAAAAUUUAGAGAAGGAGUUGGAAUGCGCUGUGUGCUUGGAGCAAUUCAAAGAUCCAAAAGUUCUUCCAUGUCUCCAUUCCUUCUGCAAAAUUUGUCUGGAAGGACUGGUGGGUAGAAAAAGCAACGCUUGGAUGUUAAGCUGUCCUACUUGUCGGAUUACCGUAGAGAUUCCAGAGGGUGAAGUUGAUUCUUUGCCAGUUAAUUUCUUCCUAAACAAUUUAUUAUCCAUGAUGUCUCUUCAUGGUGAUUCUGGUAGUAGUAGCUUGGAGUGUGAUCUAUGUGAUAAUGGGGACCCUCCUGUGAAUAGAUGUACUACAUGCAGUCACUUUCUCUGUGAGUUUUGCACACAGGCUCAUCAGCGUUUGCGCAACACAAGGGCACAUGGUCUGGUUUCACUUGAAGAAGCAAAAAGGAUGGGAUCUGUGGCUGUGACAAAGCCUAGUGUUUGCAAGGAACAUGAUGGCCAGUUGUUGAAGCUGUUUUGUGAGACAUGCGAUGAAGCUAUCUGUAGAGACUGCACUAUUGUGAGGCAUCGUGAACACAAGUAUACAUUUGUAAAAGAUGCUUUUGCAAAGAACAGGGAAAAUGUGUUGAAAAUUCUCUCAGAGACAAAACGGAAAGCCAGGUUUCUAAAUGAGGCAAUUGAUAGAGUUUCUGAAAAGAAAAGAAGUGUUGACUUGGGCUCAGAAAAGACUGUUCGAGAAGUUAUUGACUGUUUUCAAAACCUAACAGCUAGUCUGAAUUCUCGUUGUGAAGAGUUGGUUGACAGCAUAUUAAAGCUGAAACAAGCCAAGCAAAAGUCCCUGGAUAAUCAACAAGAACAAUUGGAGACAGCUUUGUGUACCAUGCAAAGUAGUGUGGAAUUCACAGAGAAGGCUUUGGAAAAUGGCAGUGAAGUUGAGAUUUUAAACAUGCAUAAGCAAAUGACUGACCGAUUACAGGAACUGAUUACAGCGAUAUGGGAGCUGGAACCAUGUGCACAUGAUGUCUUCACUUUUUCUGCUGAUGAUCGUUUGCAACAAAUGAUAACUAACUUUGGAAGUGUGACUGAUAGACGUACAUGUGCUGGUACAUCAACAGUGACUAUGGGACAUGGAUCAGAGGGUGUGAUGUAUAAUACACUGAGUGGACAACGUGUUGAAUUCACUGUCAUUGCAAAGGGACGCAAUGGGAAGAAACGAGAGAAAGGUGGUGAUACAUGUGAAGUAGAAAUCUGUACACAGGCAGGUGAUGUAGUAUUCAAUGAUUCACCUAAAGACUGUGGAAAUGGAAUGUACACAUUUUGUGUCACUCCAAAUUCUACAAAUAUGCAGUACCAGUUGUCUGUGAAACUCAAUGGUUGUCAUGUAAAGGGAAGUCCUGGUACAUGGUUUAAUGAAAUGUGGAAUCUUUGCUCAGAUAGCAACAACAUGAAUUUAACAAAUGGUUCUUUGAAGGCUUCCCAUCAAUAUCUUUCAGUGCCAUUGCAGAGAACAGUGAGGGGGAGUUGGGGGCUGUACGAAAAUGACGAAGAAAUGUUCAAGACCAAAGUGCCAUUUAAAUGGAGCAAUAGAGGACCAAUCCUCAACAACAAAAUGGCAGUAUUCGGAUCAUGUACAUUUUCCAAUGCUAAGCACUCAUGGAAAGUCCGGUUAUAUAACAUUUCUGACAAAUUUGCUUUUGGAGUUGUUAAAUUCCCUUCCACAGCUGACAGGUCGCUGGGUUUGGCAGCUCGGUGGAUGUGGCAAUCCAACAGUAAGUAUCACCAUUCAUUAGCACCCCAACUGAGUUCAAUAAUGAACUGUAUCAGCAAUGAUGUUAUUGAAUUCUAUUUGGACUGCGAUACUGGGACAUCCAUGAUGCACAAUCAGCGCACCCAAGAGAGUGACACUUGGCAAGGUGUCAAAGGUGGAGUGCGCCCUUAUUUUGAAAUGUGUCAGCAGAGAGAGGCUGUUUCCUUAACUUGGCUGGAGAAUGAGGAUGAUGUUAGGGAAAUGUGGAAGGAAAAAAAGGACGAUUUUAUGGAAUUUUCGUAGGAAAAUGAGAAUAAAGUUAUGGCACCUUGGCAGGAAAAUGAGCAUGAUGUUAAGGUUGCUUUCUUUUCCCUUUAACUCUCUGAGUGACCGAGACAGAAUUUCUCCUCACAACAUCAGUCCAAUUUCAAGGAGACAAGUGUUAAGAAAAUAUCAACUAGGGGAUUAGUAGUUGAUCCUAUUCAAAAUUCUCCCAAGUAACAUCACAAUAAUUGUAUAGCAGACAAUGAGGAGAAUUUCUAAUGCGAUCAUGGGAGUGAAUGGGUUAAAUUGGGAGAACUGAAGAUAACCUGAAACAAGCUCCCUGAUUUUAUUCUAGUUUAUGGAGUCAGUUAAGGAUAAAACAUAGCUGAAAUUUCAUGUGGGAUUGUUGAUUAUCAAAGAAG